GCUGCUGCUGCAGGAGGAGGAGGAGGUGACUCACCCCGGCUGUCAGUCAUGACGACUGCAGGGGAGAAUAUGAGAAUAGUCAACUCUGAAGGAGGAAGCAAGAGGGACUUUUCUUUUGAGCACGCUGAGCAUGCUUAUUAGGGCGAGUAUCGGUGUGCUGGAGGUGAACGAGAGAGAGGACGCAGAGUAGACAGGAGAGCGAGAGAGAGAGAGAGUGAAGACAGACAGACAGAGGACAUGGCCCGGCAUGCUCUUUUAACAUGUUUGCACAUCUCUCUUUUCCUCUUCAUGCGUGUUUCUGCAGAUGGAACCCAAGUGGAGAGCGCGACGGCCCCGGGGGAUUUCAUCAUCGGGGGAAUCUUCCCUCUUCAUGAAGAUGUGGACAGACAGAACGUUACCUUUGAACCCCACCUGCUGCCAUGUAUCAGGUUUAAAGAAAGGCGACUGGUGAAAUUGCUGGGUAUGAUCAACGCCAUAGAGACGGUGAAUAGAUCUCCUCCGCUGACCGAUGUCAACAUCACGUUGGGCUACCGCAUCCUGGACUCGUGUUCUGAUGUGGACACGGCUGUGAGAGCCAUGGCGGACUUCAUGCAGUCCAACUGCAGCUCGUCCGCCGGUGUGCAGCCAGUCACUGCUGUCAUAGGGGCGUCGCACUCUGAGACGUCGAUCGCCAUGGCGCGGCAGCUGACCCUGAAGAUGAUUCCUCAAAUCAGUUAUUCCUCCACUGCUGUCAUUCUGAGUGAUAAGAACCGCUACCCUGCCUUCAUGAGGACCGUCCCCAAUGAUGAGCACCAGACCGCUGCCAUGGCCAGUCUGCUCAGCGACUUUGGCUGGAACUGGGUGGGAAUAGUUACCACAGAUGGAAACUACGGCCAAUCGGCUCUCGACCACUUUGUUUCCCAGGCGUCUCUGAAGGGAAUCUGUGUGGCCUUUAAAUCCGUCCUACCUCAAUCCGUUACCAGUCAGCGCAUCCCGACUGUUAUCAGGCAUACCGCCGAAACCAUCCUAAAGAAUCCCAAGGUGCAGGUGAUCGUGUCGUUCGCCAAGCCCGCCCACAUGACGGACCUGUUCCUGGAGCUUCACAGGAGAGCAGGACAGCGCAUGGAGUUGAUGAAAAGAGUGUGGGUGGCCAGUGACAGCUGGUCCACCUCAGACGCUCUGAAAGACAACCUAGCUCUGUCGGACAUCGGACAUGUUGUGGGCUUCACCUUCAAAAGUGACGACUUGUCCUCGUUCAACGAGUACCUGAGCAGGCUGGUGGCGGCUGGACCCAAGUCCGUGAAGAACAACCCCUUCGUCCAAGAGUUCUACAUGUCGCUGAAUUCCAGCAAAGGUUCUAGAGACUCUGAGCUGAUGGCGGAAGCCGCGGCCAAACUGAAAGAACACGCCUAUGCUGACACCAUCUUCGGCGUGGAGACGGCUGUGAGCGCCAUCGCUCAGGCUGUGGCGUCAAUCUGCCGGAACAGUGACUGCAAAACACCGGGCGCAGUGAAACCCUGGCAGGUGCUGAAAGCUCUGAGGAUGAAGGAGUUCCAACUUCGCGGAAAGACCUACAAGUUUGACAGCAAAGGAGACAUCGACCUGGGCUACAAUGUGAUCAAGUGGAGAUCAGUGAGGAAAGGAUACAUUGAAGUCCAUAACGUGGUAUCUGAGUACCACCUGCACAACAACAGCUUCACCAACACCGGCCAACAUCUGUACAACCUGACGCACAUCGUCUCAAAAUGCUCGAACAGCUGCAUGCCUGGAGAGUUCAAGAAAACAGCCGAGGGUCAACACACCUGUUGUUAUGAGUGCAUUAACUGCACCGAGAACUACUACUCCAAUGACACAGAUAUGGACCAAUGUCUGAGCUGCGAUGUGCACACAGAGUGGUCUCAUCAGGGCAGCUCCAGCUGCAACCGCAAAGCCCUGCUCUUCUUCUCCUGGCACGAUGGCUUCGCUAUCGUCCUCGUGGCGUUCUCUGUGCUCGGCAUCGUCCUCACUCUGUUGGUCUCUGCUCUCUUUCUGCAUCAGCGGGAAACGCCGGUAGUGAAGGCUUCUGGGGGACCGCUGAGCCAGGUCAUCCUGUUCUCUCUGGUCAUCAGCUACAUCAGUGCCAUGAUGUUUGUGGGCCAGCCCAACAGCUACCAGUGUAAAGUGCGGCAGGUGCUGUUCGGCAUCAGCUUCACUCUGUGCGUGUCGUGCAUCCUGGUGAAGACCCUGCAGAUCCUGCUGGCCUUCCAGUUGAACCCUGAGCUGCAGCUGGUUCUGAGGAGGCUCUACCAGCCGUAUGUCAUCGUUAGCAUCUGCGUGUCCUUACAGGUAGCCACAUGCAUCGCCUGGCUCGUCCUCAAAAGCCCUUCGAACUUGACCAUCAGACUUCCGACCACUCUGCUGGAGUACUGUCAUGAAGGCUCGUACCUAGCCUUCGGGGUGAUGUUGGGCUACAUCGCCGUCUUGGCUUUGGUUUGCUUCAUUUGCGCCUUCAAAGGACGCAAGCUGCCCCAGCACUACAACGAGGCCAAGUUCAUCACCUUCAGCAUGCUCCUCUACCUCAUCUCCUGGAUGCUCUUCGUCCCCGUCUACGUCACCACCUCGGGAGUGUACCUGCCGGCCGUGGAGAUGGUGGUCAUCCUCAUCUCCAACUACGGUAUCCUCAGCUGUCACUUCUUCCCGAAAUGCUACGUAAUGCUUUUCAAAAAGGAGCAAAACACCAAGAAUGCUUUCAGAAAGAAUCUGUACGAAUUCUCCAGCAAAACCAAAGAUUCAAAAUCUGAGUCUGGAGGGUCAGAGAAACAAUCCUCCUGCGGUAUAAGCUCCAUCGUCAGCAUUUCGUCCCUCUCUUCACCGACAGCUGAUCCUAAAAGUCCUGUGGAUUCGAUGGACUGGGAAGACUGGACGAGCACCACCAGUUUAUACCGAGGCUCGACCAAAAGACGCUGCCUCAGGAGAAGCACUAGCUUAUAAACUAAGAUGUGUUCUCCUGAGCAGUCAAAAAUCAUUCACAUAAAACUUGAUCUUGAAUUAAAAGAUGGAAGGAGGAACUGUCUUAAAACUGUACAAACGACUGUGUCAUUCCUUCUCUCGUGACACAUCUAUGCUAGCACACUGGAAGAAAGAUCUGAGUGUGUACAGAUCGGUGGAACUCAAUACUGACUCGUUCAAGUCACCUUCAAAAGAUACAAAAUAAUCCAGAUGACGGUUAUGUGGCGGUCAUAUUUCACCCCACACAAAUUGAAGAAAAUGAACAGUAAUGUUUCUGAUCACGUCUGGUUGGACAGUUAGAUGUUGGUGUUUAUCACCCUGGAGGUUAUUACGGAAAUGAAGUUUUGUAGUCAAGACCACACCAACCGAGACCAAGACAUACCCGAGACCAGAGUGCUCAGAGACCAAGACCAAGACCAAGAC